AGAGGCUCCCCACUGCACCUCAACACUGAUCUUCACAGAGCACAAUGACGAGACUCCUCACAGCUUUGGGCGUUCUGCUCGCUCUGCACAUCGCCUCAUCCAGUAAACUGGUGUGCCACAUGACCAACUGGUCCCAGUACAGGCCUGGUGCAGCCAAAUUCACCCCAGACAACAUCGACCCCUUCCUGUGCACACACGUCAUCUACACUCUGGCCACCAUCAACAGCUUCAACCAGAUCAGCCCCAUCGAGUGGAACGAUGAGCAGCAGUUCGUCAGACUCAACAACCUCAAGAACACAAAUCCUGCCUUGAAGACUCUACUGUCUGUCGGAGGGACAGUCAACGGAGUGAGCCCAUUCAUUGCCAUGGUUGCCAGGCCUGAGGGACGCGCUGCCUUCAUCAGGUCGGCCAUCAGCUACCUGCGCACCCAUAACUUUGAUGGGUUGAACCUGGCCUGGGAGUAUCCUGGACACAAUGGCAGCCCAGUGGAGGACAAGAAGAGGUUCACUCUGCUGGUCAUGGAGCUGGCAAAGGCCUUUGAGGAUGACGCCAAGGACAACAGGAGGACUCAGCUGCUGCUCUCAGCCAACGUUGCCUCUUUCCUUCCCACAAUCCAGAGAGCCUACGAGGUCAAACAGAUUUCUCUGCACCUCGACUUCAUCAACGUCAUGACCUACGACUUCCACGGACACUGGGACUUAAUCACUGGACACAACAGCCCACUGUACCAAAGCUCUGUGGACUCUGGCUCACAAAUCCAUCACAAUAUUAACUCCUCUAUAUCCUACUGGCUGACUCUGGAGGCUCCAGCUGAGAAGCUGCUGCUGGGUUUCCCUACCUACGGACGAACCUUCCGCCUUACCAGUGCUGCUUCCGGCCUGGGAGCUCCAGCUAACGGCCCCGCAAGUGAAGGACCCUACACUCGCACUCCUGGCUUCUGGGCCCACUAUGAGAUCUGUGACUUCCUCGACAGUGCUGUCAGUAAAUGGAUCCCUGAACAGAGGGUUCCAUAUGCCACCUAUGGAAGUUCCUGGCUCGGCUUUGAUGAUGAACGCAGCUAUUCCUUUAAGGUCGAGUGGAUGACUGGCAUGAACUUGGGAGGUGCUCAUGUGUGGACUUUGGAUAUGGAUGACUUUGGUGGACACUUCUGCUCAUCAGGCCCUUAUCCUCUCGUAAACCACCUCAGGCUAUCAAUGGGCUUUCCCCCAAAGCCCACCACCACCCCAGCCCCCACCACCACCAGGGAUCCUAUUGCAGACUUCUGCCACGGCCGCCCUGAUGGCCUGUAUGAGAACCCUGCUGAUAAGACCACCUACUUCCAGUGCUUCCAGGGAAACACCUACCUGCACCGCUGCCAGCCCGGCCUCAUCUACUGGGACUCCUGCAAAUGCUGCAACUGGCCCUGAGCCACAGACUGAACCCCAAACACACAGUGAGGCUGUGAAUGUACGACAUAAAUAUAUCUUUUCUCAGAGUGUCAUUUCGAACUGAUUAACCUCAUGAUGCUGAGUGACGAC